AUGAAUUCUUCAGACUAUACUAGUUCGGAGAAUAUUCAAACUACUACCAAUGGUACCGAUAGUACGAAUCAAAACAAUUCUUUAUCGCCAUUAGAUCGACGAAAACGUGCGUCAAAUUCGUCUCAAUGUGAAAUUCGUAUAUUGAUGACAUCAAAAGAUGCUGGCGCGAUCAUUGGGAAAGGUGGAAAUUCCAUACAAAAAUUACGUUCUGAGCAUAAAUGUACAAUUCAAAUACCUGAUUGCUCAUCUCCCGAACGAAUAUUGAUUAUAUCAGGUGAUUAUGAACAGUGUUUUGAUUGUCUAAAACAAGUUGUUCCAAUUUUAACUGAUUUAUUCCGUUCAUCAAAUUCUCGUCGACGAAAUUCAGGAAGCGAUCAACAACAAAAAACUAAUAGUAAUAAUACUAAUGAUGAAAAUUCAAUUUAUAAUCAUCAACAACCAUCUGAAGUUCGAUUAUUGGUUCAUCAAAUAUAUUGUGGUGCAAUUAUUGGCAAGGGCGGUGAACGAAUUAAAGAAUUACGAGCUAAAUAUAAUUUGGAUAUUAAAGUAUUUUCAAGAUGUUGUCCACUGAGUAAUGAACGAGUAGUAUCCGUGCGUGGAAAAUCUGAUGAUAUUAUUGAAUGUAUUAAAUAUUUAUUUGCACUAACGGAGUCAUCGUCACAACAACAACAGCGAACUCCACCACCGAUCAAAUAUUAUGAUCCACAUAACUUUGAUAAUUAUAUAACAAAUGAAUAUGGUGGUUUUCCAUAUAAUGGGAUCCCGUCUAAUGGCUAUAAAAUGAAUGUUGGUGGUCGUCCCUUUCGAGGUAUGAUGCCCAUGGGACCGACAAUGUACCAGUUACCACCAUUACUCGAUUAUGGCCCAAGAAAUUUUCGCCCAAUAAUUACAUCAACACAAACUUUGAAUGUUGUUUUGAAUAAAUUAUCCGUACAUCGUGUAUACAGUACAGCUUUGACCAGUCAUUAUUUCAUAGAAUACCGUGUAAUGAGUUUUGUUGGUGCAAUUAUGGGACCCCGUGGUCGAAAAAUACAAGAAAUUCGUCAUCAGACAAAUGCAAAUAUAAUUGUUGAUGAUCAACAAGUAGGAAAUGGCGAUAAUAGCAAUGUUUUGAAUAAUACUGGUAUAGGAGCAACAGAUCGUAUAAUAACAAUCGAAGGAACUCCAGAUCAAAUACAUCGUGCACAAAUGCUUUUACAACAAGCUGUUAGACAAUCUGGGUUAUGGCGAUCAUAG